UCCCCUUCACCGUCCUCUGCUCCCAACAUUGUCCUUAGGCAUACCUGAGCAACCGCUGCAGAAACACUGGACCUCCCUCCUCCCCCUCCACGCACAAACAUAUCCACACACACACCCACGCUCUCUCUCUUCUACACCUGGAGAGGGCAGGCGCAAGGGACAACAUGUGCAGCAGCAGCAGCAGUCUGUCCUCACAUCCAGCACUGCCUCUCUGAGUUGCCUCUUUCUGGAGAGUGGAAGGAGGGGGGGGACGACUGAAUUUUUUGGAGCUGUUGUUGUCUCUCAGCAAAAGCAGGAGAGACUCAGGCAGUGGGGGAACACCUGCCAGCCCCAGGGGACACCAAAGGCAACACAAACACACACAGCAUGAUUCUGGGAGGCAUUAAUCGGGCUGGGGCAGCAGUACCAACAUUCCUGCGCACCCCCACAGUCAUCCAGCCACAUCUGGACAUGAAGCCCUUCCUACAGUUUCCAAUGGAAAGCCCACCUCCUCCGCACAGCAUGAGUCUCUUCCACAACUUCAGCACGAUGGACCCAGUCCAGAAGGCUGUAAUAAACCACACCUUCGGAGUGCCUCUCGUCAAGACAAAGCGGCCGGUCAUCUCCUGCAAUGUCUGUCAGAUCCGCUUCAACUCAGAGAGCCAGGCAGAGGCCCAUUACAAAGGGAACCGCCAUGCCAGAAGAGUUAAAGGCAUUGAGACAUCCAAGAGUCGUCCCCAGGAAGGGGACAAGCCUCAUGCUCUAUCCCAGACCUCUCCCCCAUCUCCACCUGGAGCCCCUGGCACUGCUCAAGACUGUGACGCUGGCAAAGCAGAUGAAACAAGACCUUUGUCACAGUUAAACGAGCCUUCUCUGGUACCAGGAGCCCUUUCUUCGCUACCCAACCCACCAACCCCACCCAUGGAUUCACCCCUGCAGUCACUGUGCCCACUUCUUUCAAACCAGACACUUCCCAUUAUCCCACCCACUUCUUCCUCCCCCAGCUGUGGCAGCACUAGCUCAGACCAGCCUGGAUCUGGUCCAACAGCUUUGGGAACUGCAGGCACUCCAUCCUCCAGCAGCCCGUCCAACCCAGAGACGGAGGAGGAUAAGGCCAAAAAGCUGCUGUACUGCUCUCUGUGCAAGGUGGCUGUCAAUUCACUCUCACAGCUGGAGGCCCACAACAAAGGUACUAAACACAAAACUAUCCUGGAGGCCCGAAGCGGGCUUGGUCCUAUCAAGGCAUACCCCCGCCUGGGUCCAAAGCCUGGUGGAGAGCAGGGAGGGGGCCCAGUAGACCCCAACACUCAGGAACGAACCUUCCACUGUGAGAUCUGCAAUGUGCGGGUGAACUCCGAACUGCAACUCAAACAGCACAUAUCAAGCAGACGGCACCGAGAUGGCAUGGCAGGAAAGCCCAAUCCCCUCCUCAGCCGACAUAAGAAGCACAGGGGGGCGGAUCUGACGUCUUCUUUGACCUUCUCCAAGGAUCUCACCAAAGCUUUGGGUGCAGGGCUGCUGCCCAACCCCCUUGCCGUUGCAGCAGCUAUGGCCGCGGCGGCGUCCUCGAACCAGUUGGCUCUGCGGGCAGCUGCUCCCAGCCCUCACCCACAUCCCCACCACCUCUUGCAAGGCCCACCUCUCAGCCAUGCCAUCUUGAGACCUGCUCCUGGGCCCAUUCGUACCACCCAUGGGCCAAUCCUCUUCUCUCCAUACUGACACAUCAUCCUGUGACUUCAUCCAAUCAGAAACAUUCUCUCCAAAAGCACACUGUGAAGCUAGUAAAAAGGUCAACAAUUAAGCAAUCGAUAAGGAGGGAAACAUCCAGUAGUUUAAAUAUCUGAUAGAAUAGCAAGGGAAAGGAACAAUCGGAAGGAGUACAAGUAGUAUGUGUCUCUUUCCCUUUACCUUAAACUCUCCUCUCACUCGUCCUCUUUUUCAAUGGACUUCUGAUGGCUCUUUAAAAGGAAUGAGUGAAGGAGAGAAUUCAUUAUGCAUUGUCCUCUUGUACAUUUCCCGUUUCCCUUACUCCUUCCCUUGCACUGUGGCCAAAAGACGGCCACCUCACUUUAGAAAAAAAAAAAUACUACGCAGACUGCGUAAAUCUUUCUAGAAAUGUCAAACCAUGCAUAGUGUUCAUUAAUCUGGGAAAGGGGGAUGUUUCUCCGGUUAUCAAAGUUUGACUUCUUCUUGUCAUCCUAUGCACCUCAAAAUCCAGGACAAUAAUGUUAUGUCAGUAGGAUAGCUGCUUCCUUUGGUCUUUGCUGUAUCCGCCACACAUGGUUGUGGCACUCUCCUCAAUACUGUACAUGUCCUGCUCUGCAUCCAGCAGCUCUUCCAUUUGUGACACUAGGUAUUGACUAGAUGAAACAUGACUUUGUCUAACAGGCAGGUGGUACUUGCAACCAAACACGUCAGGUGGGGAAGGUUAAGAGAGCAGAAGUGGGACUGUAGAGAAUUGCACUUCUACCCCCUUUCAUUGCCAAGAAGUUGAGGUGAGAGAAGGGUAAGAGUGGGUCAAUGGAUGGAUUAAAUACAGGAUGCAUGCAGACACACACAUACAGGCCAGAACAAAUUUGUGUUUUAAAAUAAAUUGCAGCAACUGACACUGCUAUAGGGCAUGUUUGCCAGCUUCCAUAGCAGUUAGAGAAGGACCUCAAAAAAGGCAGAAGGGAAAGGUGGAACAGCCAGAUGAAUGCACUGUACUGCUGUAUAUAAGACAUGGCAAUCUUAUACAGAUAGUACUGCGUUCAAGGAAACUAUGUUCUACACUAUUGUGGUAUGAAACUAAAAAGAGCAUAGGUUAUAUUUAGUAUUUUCUUUUCCAUCAGGAAAGUUAAAAUCCACACAUUGCCAUGCUCCUUUUUCUCAGGCUGAAUUAUUGCGUAGGUGGGAAGACAUGACUUCAAUCUAACCCUGUGUUCUGAUGUAUUUAUGUUGUUCCUGCAUGCAUCCUUACAAUAAGGCUUCUCAUGGAAAAGGGUUAGCAUCCGUGCAUUGACCCUUUUCAUCUCUGACAAGUCUGCAUCAUCCUCCUCCUCGCCUGGCUGAUAUCCAAAGGUUAGAUUAUUCCGGUAAAAAAAGAAAAAAAAAAGAAGAAAAACCCAGUUACGUCUGAGAACUGACACACCAAUAACCUGGAAGGGAGUCAGAUGAAAAGCAUACUCCCUAAGUUUAAAACGACCAUGAGCUGGAGUGAUAACCGAACUAGAGGCCAAGAGAAAGUGCCCAGGAGCAGAAGCCAAGACGUCAAGCUCAAGGCAACUAUUGAUACUUCCUGUCUUACAACUGAAAGCCAUGACACGCACCAUGAUUUGUUUUCUUUUACAAAGACUGGUGAGCACUUUGAUUUAUCUUGUUUUGGACUGUUGCUUUUUGUUUAUGCUGCACAUAAAAAAUGAGCAAAAUAUACAAAAAAUAUUUUUGCAGGUAGGAAAUGUUCAUUAAUUCAUCCAUGACAGAAAUUGAAGAAAGAGGUUGCAAUUCUGUCAGCCUUAGGCCUUUGGUUUUUCACUUAUAAGUUGGAAUUUCUGACUUACAACUAACAGUUUUCUCUUAAUUAUGACUGAUCUAUCUCAACAUGGCAUGGUACCAUUCGGUUUUUCCCUUAUUGCUGAAAUUUGGCUUCAAUUCAAAUGCAUCUGCAAUAUCCUCUGUGGGAACGUUAAAAAUCUAAUAUAGCUGUGAUUCAAAUACAUCUUGAAGAAAGUUGGGGUGUAAAUCUGGUGUAAAUCUUCUACUUGCAAACCCUGAAAGAAAGUAAUUAUACUUAAUACGUUUUUAUAAGAUUAAACUUAAGAUAUGACAUUUCUAUUUAUCUUAACAGAUGGAUAGAAAACAGACAAAAGUACAUGACAAAAGAUGCACACUUUAAGAUCCGACUAACCUAUAGUCUACAGUGUAACUAUGCAUACCUUUUAGCGUUCUUUAAUGCAUAAUGCCAUAAACUGGUAACUUUAAUCUGAAUGGUGCAGUAGCAGCUGCAUUUGUUGUCACUCAAAAUCCUUUUGAGACUUGAAACAUGGGUUAUCACCGUGCUCUGCUGGAAAGAUUCAUUCUCUUACAAAAUUUGAUGAAUCAAAGAUGCUACAGUACAGUUAAUCUAGCACAUCCCAGUAGUUCCUGACCUUUAACCUUUAGGCUAAACUUUGCUAUUGCAUUAUUUCAAGGUCAGAGCUCUGACUGGAAUGCAGAAAACGAAACAAGCAUGACAAACCAAUAUAAGCUGGUUAAGCAGAAUAAAGAAGACCUUUUUGCUACAAAGCUUGUCACUAAAAUCCCUUUUUUUAAAUGAAAAUUACACUGUGCCCUUUCAUUGAGAAACAAUGAGCUCUAACGUCUUACGUCUGUCUGAAUAUUGCAAUGCAAUGAGCAACUUUUAUCAAAGUGACUUCAUUGUGACAUUUUUGUCUGGAGUUGCUUAAAGAGGUAGCAUGCUGGCUGACAGAUUUUUCCUUUAUCUUCCGUGGGGAGUUUGGGCCUUUAAGGGUAAUGAGGGAGGUGAAGCAAAACGCAGAUGCAGAGCUCGGCAAAGGAACCGGCUCUUCAUAUUAAAGGGCCUUUAAACUAUGGGAAUCUCUGUUUGGAGAACAGGGUAAACCAACAUGCAUCAAAGGAGUACAGAUUGAUGAUAUUUUCAAAAAGCUGUCUUUUUUUAUUUGGAUUUCCUGAGAUUAAUUUGUUUUUUCCUUUUUUUUUCUUGUGAGUGAUCUGUCCAAGUGAAAACCAGGAGAGACAUUAUCAAUGCCAUUACUUAAAGAAGAAACUGACUCUGUGUCAGCUUCCACCAUUGUGCUCUUUUUGUUGUGGAAAGUUAUCUUCUUGUUCAUUUUGUGAGUGAGAUGCUGUUCCAGGAUUUGUGAUUGCCUUCCUCUUGGUGUGUGUACCACAUAUAUUCUAGUUUGUGAUGGAAGCUGCUCACUUCUUACCUUCCACUGGUAGCAGAGAGAGGUGACCUGGAGCUAAAACGUGGCCUGACUUUGUCCAGUAAUGGAGACAAAAAUUCCUGUUUGGCUUAAGAAGACUGGUGAAUUAGGAAGGAUUCUAUCAUUGAGCUGAUCAAUAACUCAGCCUUAUCAAAGUGUUAGUAUCCCUGCUAGGUCAGUCAUUCUAGUAGCAUGAUUGAAAUGUUCAAAUUGUCCUAGAUGUGUUCACAAAGUGAAAACAGCCAUUAAUUCAUCCUCAUUAUCCACAUAUGGGAAAUAAAUAUCUGAUUCACAUUUUCUGGACAUUAUAUUAGCUGUGUUUAGGCUCUUAGCCUUAGCCUUAUUCUGCCCUCAGUCUCUCUCGGGGCAGAAACAGUGAAAGAGAGGGACCGAGAGGCUUUGGUGUAAUUUUGUCUUGCCAAUAAAAUUAUUUUUGAACUUCAUUAUCAGAGGGAUAAAGAGUUUGUAUGGCAAACUGUAGCAAUACCUGACUCAUUCUGGCUACUCUUGUUUAUUGCAAUAAGAAAAUGAAACAAUAAAUGUGUAUGUGAAAAAAACAUAAAUGUAAUUUAAAUAAAAAAAAAAAACUUUAUGGAAAAUAUUGAUAUCAAGCAAAACCAUUGUGAAAAAGUAAAUGUCAAUAAAUCAUGAAAUGAUA